AUGUCCCCAACCAACCAAACCCCCAAAACCCAACCACCCCUUCUACACCUCGACCCGAUCUCCGAAUACCGCGCCUGGCAAGCCCUCCAAAUCUACUUCACCGUCCUGCUCAACCGCCAACUCCACCGACGCUUCCAACUCGAACAAAAAGCCAUGCAAGACCUCCCCGUCUCGCGCCGCUUCCGCCCAGUAAUCCUCCUCGAACCAGUCCCAACCCUAACCAAACCACCCACCACCAUCACCAGAAAAACCCUCCACUCCCUGCAAGCAAAAGUACACCUGCUCCGCGCCCGCGUCGAAAAGGGCAAAGAACUCGCCUCCGAAAUCGAGCGCCGCAUGCACAACACCUCUAUCGCGUUCCCCACGCACUUCUGCCAUACUUGUGUCGUGGACGGGCAGUCUGGUGGUGUGGAGGUAUUGCUGACGAAAUGCGGACACCGGGUUUGUCGGACUUGUUUGGGGUUUGGGACUGAUGGGGAGGGGGUUUAUGAGUGUAGUAUCUGUUUUCGGCCGGCGCAGCUUAUAGUUAGGGGGAGGGAGAGGGCGCCGGUGGGGGUUGGGGUGGGCGUGUCGGGCAGAGGAGUUGUAACGAGCAGAUUGUGA